ACGUUGUUCGUCUGAAGGUCUACAAUAAACCGAAAUGGCACCGGUUGAGAAAAUUACAAGCGACAGCGACUUGGAUGUGGUAUUGGAGGAGUUUAAGACCAAACAGGCUCGUCGCAACAGCACCGGUCCCAAGUACACAUGCAGCAUAAGCGGUUGCAAUGAGAGCUUCAAGCGUCUGGACCAAUUGGAUCGCCAUGAAUACCACCAUACCGGUAUUAAGAAGCACGCUUGUAGCUACGAAGGCUGUGAUAAGACUUAUUCAAUACUCACCCACUUGAAGCGUCAUCUGCGCAGCACACACGAACGUCCUGCGGAACCGCAGAAAACAGUCAAAUGCAGCCUGCCACAGUGCAACAAGAUGUUCAUAUCGACUAGCAACAUGACACGCCACCUGCGCGAGGCACACGAGAGUCCGCGCGAAUACGACUGCCGCUUCUGCUCUCUCAAAUUCAGGCAAAAAAUGAAGUUGCGUCGCCACGAGAUCAUACGGCACACACAGGAAUUUCCGUUUCGUUGUGAGAAAUGCUGUCGCGGCUUCUGUCAGAAGUGGCAGCAGGAGAGUCACCAGCGUAGCUGCAGACUCUACUCGUGUCCCCAAUGCGAACUGAAGUUUGAGAAAUGGACGCUUUACACAAAACAUUGCCGCGAAACACUACACAGAGGCGAGCGCCACAAGUGUGAGCACUGCGACAAAAGCUACGAUAGACCCAGUGCCUUGAGUGCUCAUAUUGCUGCCAAACAUCCAGCAGAUGCUGAAUCAACAUUCACAUGUACCGAGCCGGGCUGCAAUCGCAGCUAUUCGUAUGAGCGUAAUUUACGUCAGCAUAUCCUAACUAGUCACACGGGGAGGCGCUUUGAGUGCCUGGCCGUUGGUUGCCAGCGCUGUUUCAGCAGUGCCCAGAAUCUAAGCAAACAUUUGCUGCGCGAUCACACAGACAAAGAGCGCCAGCCAGCUAAAGAGAAGGAAACGCCAGACUCAAACGCAGAAAGAGCCCCGGCAAAGUCUCGCAAGCGUCGCCGCGAUGCGGGCAAAUCCGCACGAUCGCAGCUCUCUAAACUGUCGUGCCUGGUGCUCGACAAGGAGAUUGAUAAGCAGGUGCGCCUGCGCCAACCAUCGGCGCUAACGAGUGUGGCCAAGGAGCUGCAAGAGAAACAUGACGAAGAACAGGAACUAGAGCAGUUGCUGGAGCAGACGCUGGAAGAUGACAGCUAA